GACUCUUACUGAUAAGCCUUGCUCGACGAUAGACCAUAACUCCACGGGAUUCCUCCGGCAGUGAAUCCAUACUACCCUUGCGAGUGUCGUUGCCGGUCGACCACACCGUCAGAACCUCCGUUCUCAGCCCGGAUCAAGGGUUCUGAGAGCGGCUGUCCCAACUGAGCUCAUAUUGCCUCUGAGAGGCAAUCCCUUUGAAUGCCACCGGCAGCUUCGGACGAUUUGUUUCGCCAGCAGAGCCGGUCCUUAGGUGACACCAGCCCCUUUCCUGAAGAUCCCAGCCGAGCCACCUUGGAGCAUGAUCUCGGUGGAAAGACCAAGAAAAAGGGGAAAACCGGAACCAAGGGGAAGAAUAAAGCAGCCAAAGCAGUUCCGAAGUCUACACCUGACGACCUUCUAGAAGUAGAAGCACCAUCACCGUCACCGCCUCUGCAGGCUGAGCCAUCGUCCUGCCCCAAUCCAACAUUGGAGCCGCCACCUAGCAACAAUAUUGUGUCACCGGUGCUUGAUGCCCUUGGCACUUUGGGGGAUUCUCCGGAGAAUGACAUUGCUUACCGCACCGGUACAUGGGCCAAGUCCAUCCCGUAUGGCAAAAGCCCCCCGAAUGAUGCCGUUGAUGGCGAGUUCAACAGCGGAUCACCUUUCGGUUUCCUCACUAGUCAAGACAAGGGCGGAUUCAGCCACCCCUCUUCGACGUCUCCCCCUCCGGGAGCGAGGCCCUUGAGCUAUGGGCGGGGUUACGCUACCAGCAGUGUGUCUAGACAGCACUCCGUGGACCGACAAAAGAGCAACUCCGUCAGUAGUCCAUUCAAUAACCAGGUACCCCUGCCGCAUCUGCCGCAGGCCCAUUUCUAUGGAGCGCCGGAUAUCGAUUUGCCUCUGUUCUCUGGCCAGAGUAGGGCCGCAGCGGACGGCAGUUAUUCAUUCUGUGCGUUCGAUACGAUCAUCAGCCCAUCAUCCAAAGCCUCCAGAAUGGGGAGUAGCGUUCUCCUGGUCGGCACGGAUGGCGGCUUGGAUGUUCUUGCCAUCGAAGAUCGAAAAACACGUCCUGUAGGGAAGUUGGCAGGUCUCAAUGGCCGCGUAAUCGAAGCAAAGUUGCUGAGCAACUCUUCAACUAAUGACCAACCUCAUGUCGCUGUCAUCAUUCACGGCCCCACUGCUCAACCAGAUGAUGAGGGUCAUGCAUCUUCAAAUAGCUCGGAAGCAAACGACAUUCCCACUGGGAGACAGUCGGCCGCUGGAGGGCGUCCGAAAGAAGAGACCAGAUACUAUCAGACACGGGUCGAGGUGUACUCGUUGAGGACGGGAGAACACAUCACCACGCUUCUGUCCACGCCGCCCACUCCAUGCUUUGGCAAUAUACCUGGUCUUCCUGCCUUGGCUCCUUCACCGGCCGGAAAUCUGAAGCUCUUGGUGAGCGGAAGCUACGUUGUCGUAGCGUCAGGUUCCAGUGGGGAAGUUUAUAUGUACAGCAUGAGCAAAUAUCAGUUCUUAGGAAAAGCAUGGACCAGUAUCAAGUCGAAAGAAUCUCGGCGAUACUCCACGUCUUCUAGCUCCACUGACCCAGAUGGAUCUCAGUCUGAUUCUCCUCAUGGAUCUCUCAACUCUGACAGCCCAAUCGUGGCAUUGAAGGGGAGGUGGCUAGCUAUUGUCCCACCAUCCGCAACUUACAGGGCUACUCUCCGUGCGGUCGUGCCGACGUCCUUGUUGCAAGGAAAGGCCUUCGGGCUUGAAACUCGAAGUCCUCCGUCGCGUCCAGCUAUAACCUGUGCUACUGAUGUCGGAGAAGGCGAAAGCUUAUUCGGCAAAGUAGCCCGGGGUGUUACGCAGGAGCUCAUGCGAGGUGCACGCUGGAUGGGUGAUCAGGGACUACAAGCAUGGAAUAAUUAUUGGAAUAAGGAGCAGGCUCAAAGCAUGCCAGCCCGCCGGUCUCCUAAUUUGACAGAGUUCUCACCUCAGGGGUACAAUCUCUUUCCUCCCACUCAUGCCCAGGACACCCAGUCUGUGUCCACUACCGAACCUGAUUUGGUAUCAAUCUUCGAUCUGCGAAAGCUAGACGAGGGCGAAGCCAAGAGCUCUUUGUUCAACCCAGUGGCCACUUUCCAAGUACCGAAUGGCUGCAGCUUCCUUUCAUUUUCUCCCAACGGCCUCAUGCUAUUUACUGCGAGUAAGAAGGGAGACGUCCAGUAUGUUUGGGAUGUUAUGCAAGCCAAAUACUGUCGAGCCGGGGCUUUCCUGUCAGACGACCCAGCAUCUGUGCAGCCGAGCGUGCGGCAGGUUGCCCGGUACCCGCGAUUGACCACAUCCCAUAUAGUUGACGUGGUUUGGUGUCCGCCUUCUGGGGACAAGCUCGCAGUGAUUACGGGUAAACCGACGGUGCAUGUCUUUGAUCUGCCUCGGAGCGCCUUCCAAUGGCCUCCUUUUCGACGGUCGCUACCAAAGCCUGCGAAACCGCCUACUGCGGAUGCUCCAACAGAAGAGCUUCCCGACCGGGGACCGGCUGCAAAUCCAUUGUCGGCGGCCUUCAAGAUGGUCGGCGGUAAGACACAGCCUAUUCUUGCUGCAGUCAGGGGACGUACUCCCUCCACCGGAGCUGCUUUCCCUUCCGUGGGUGGUUUUGCAAUGCCUUCUGCAGCUGGAGUGAGAGGUGGCAAGGCGGUUGCUGCUGGCCUUAGUAAAUCAAUGGGAGCCGCCGCCACCGGCACUGUCAAAACGGUCAACACCAUCCGACAUGGUGGUGAACACCGCCUGCACCUUUCCAAUCUGUCUCGGGACCCCGUUGCGGCUCGUGUGACGUGGAUCAUCCAUAAAGGACUGCCAUUCUUGGGCCUGAUAGAUGGGGGUUACUUCCGUCUUUACAGAAUUAAACGCUCCACCUCGCCCAGUAAGAGUAGGCAGGUGCAGUCGGUGAUCGGAAACAAAGAACUUGAAUUCCGCUUGCCUCCCCAUAUGCAGACACCUUGCGGUCCCAUGACCGUGGGUCCCGCCGCCACCACAGAAACAACGGUCUCUGCAACGUUGGCUCUGCCAUCCGCGGCUCUACGACCGCCGCCAGCGUCGAAGCUCAAAUGCCAGCCUCUCUCGCAGGCGGAGAUCGAGACAAACACACCAUAUCAACCCUUCCACACUGACCAGAGGGUAAAUCUCUUUGUGUACAGUGAGGCAGACGACUCCGUGGGGUCAGUCCCGACGGGUCAAUGGACCUUCGGCGGCUCUCUAGCCACAACCAAGCUUCACGUACGACCAUUCAGCGCCUCCAGUGAAGAAGACGAUGAUAUGGUACAUGAACAACACCAUGGUUUGGGGGCUGAAAUGGAGAACCUUAUCAGCCUGGGAAAUAGUACGGGCAAUGUGGAAGAAGUGGUCAUUACCACACGCAGAAAGAAGAAGCAGGCUUCAGCCAUGGCCCCCGGCGGCGGGGUCGAUGACGGUUUCUUUGAAGAUGACUGCGAGGUCUUGGACUUCGCUCGGGAUCGAGUCUAAUUGCAAUGACCACAAUUACCAUGCCGCUGGCGGGGCUCUAUAAGAUUUAAACUAAUAUGUCAUAUUUUAGACUUACAUUGGUAUG